AUGGAUUACAUCAAAGGACUUAUUUGGUCCUCACAACCUGCAAGGAAGGAAGAGGGGGAAGAGGUUGUUGAUGAGGCUCGCAGGAGUAGCCCGCCAUUGAGUUCAACCGCGAUUGAGGAGGAGCACCAGCCGGCCAUGGAAGCGGAUGCGACUGUUGAAAUCCAGACGGCGAAAGACAAGAAGAAACGAAAACGCAAAAGAAAAAGUUCUAGCGUCACGGAUGUUGUGGAUGUCGUGGAGGAUAAUGAUACGAAUCGAGGAGGUCUACAAUUGGAAGAGUCAUUUCAGAUCAAUGGCAUUGAGAACGACUUGGAUAGAAACAGCGGCAUGGUAGUGGAGGAAGAGGAACAAGCUAUGCCAAAUCGAUCCGAGAAGCGUAAGAAAGCACGCAAUUCCAAAACGAAAGCGGACGAAGAACAGUUAGCCGACAGUUUACCUGCGAGAGCGAAAAAGACUAGGAAAUCCAAAGGGAAGAGUGUCGUGGAGGCACCUCCAGAAUUGCCUCGGGAUGUGGAAACCUCAGAUAUGGUCGCAGAAGGUCUGGAGCCGCAAACUGCUUCGCGCGAGGAAUUGGGCGAUUCCAGCACAUCCACGGAACCAAAAAAGCCGAACAAAGUGCUGCGGCAAGAAGUGUCAGUCGUAAUACCUGCGCCGACGCCCGAGAAAAAUAGCGUCAUGGAAUCGGGGGAACGGGCUUCAGCAAAAUCGGCAAAGGCCAAGAAGAAGAAGUCGAAGACAGUGCUAAGUGAAGACCGAGUUCACAAAGACAACGAGGUUGAGGUUGCGGAGCACCCUGUUCAGGAACAUGAACCCGAAAUGGAAACCAAUGAUACACCACCCCAUGCUUCUACCAAAGCGUUGGGCAAGCGAAAAGCAUCAGAUUCGGUUCCAAAUACCACAACAAAACCGAAACGAACACGCAAAAGUAAGGACAGUCCAGGAACAAGUUUACUCGAGCUAGGAUUUUCGAAGGAAAAGAGUGGUUCACAGAUGGAUACAGAAAAUCUGGUACAAACUGCCAAGGAACUGUAUCUUAAGAGCACUAUGGAAAUUCCAGAAACAAGCCCGAUUUUACCGCCUGGAUCAAAGGGGAAACGCAAGUCGAAAGCAAAGUCUCCAAUUGUGAUAUCCGCGUCAAAAUCUACCGCUACACCAAGCCGGCAACAACGUAGAGCAACGCCACAAUUCACGCCUGUGAAUAGAAAAUCCACUAACGAGCCAUCUCAAUCUCUAGUAGAGAAUGAUACAGCUCUAAGCGCAGAUGCUCAGGCUGCUCAGGAAGAGCCAUCGGUUCAGACACAGCCCUCGCCACCUAAGUCAAAUCAGAAGCGCAAGCGCCGACUUCUUGUCGAUAGCCAAGAGAGGGAGGAUGGUCCAAACACACCUCAAGGUGCCUUCAGCACCCCGGCCACAGGGAGCAAGCUAAUCAAGGACGACGGGACGCCUAAAGAUUCAAAGCAUAAUGGGCAGGUACGGAAGGGUAAGUUCGCUCCUCGUGAGCUCGAGGCUAUUGAUGUUGCUGUCGAAACCUACCGGGAAAUGCACGACCUCACACAGUUCAAGGUGAAUGAGAUUAUCCAAGCUCCUAACACGAGCGAAGAGACAAAAGAACUUUGGACGUCUAUUCGGGACGUUGUUCCAGAUAUACCUCAUCGUAGAGUAUAUGACACGUGCCGUCGUAGAUUCCACAAUUUUGAAAGUCGUGGGUCAUGGACCAAAGAACAAGAUGAGGAGCUUAAAGAUGCUUACGCACGGUUUCCACAAAAAUGGAAACAGAUUGGAGAGCUGAUCAAUCGAUUUCCCGAGGACGCGAGAGAUCGAUGGCGGAAUUAUUUAAUCUGUGGAGACAACCUACGCAAGGAUUACUGGGAAAAGGAGGAAGAGGAUCGACUACGUGAAGUAGUCUCAGAGUGCGUGGAGAUUCUGCGUAGAGCGCAGCGAACCGCUCGGAAACCUGAUAUAGGCAGAGAUGCUCUGGAAUCUCUUCUUGAUUGGCAAAUUGUCAGUCAGAAGAUGAAUGGAGUCAGGAGUCGUCUUCAGUGCAGUUCUAAGUGGAGACAAUUGAAGGACCGUGAAGACUCCAACGAUGAAGGCUUGGAAGCUAUUACAACAACGGAGUGGCGAGCGGAAGAGGCUGACCGUGAAGCUCGGGCAAUGAGCGGAGCGGAAAUUUUGCAAUUACUUGUCACCAUUCGUGACAGUGGUGCAGGAAAGGAGUCCAAAAUUCCAUGGUUAAUUGUUACCGAAGCAGUCGAGAAGUUAGGCAAACGUAUGGCUCUGAAAUUUUGCUUUCGAAAGCUCCGAAGACGAGUUCCUGGUGGUAAAGAUAUGCGCUUUAGGGAGAUUGUGGACACCUUGAUUGCAGAAUUUGAGGCUUCGCAGCCCGAUAUACCGCAACACUAUAUAGACACCGAAUUCGUGAGGCCCGUGAAAAGGAAGUCUCAGGAUUUUGUUGAGAAUUCUUUUCAUGCAGAGGGGUCGCGGAAGAAGCGGCGGCGUGCCACGCAGGCAGAAGACGACAGACGAGUGAAGGCAGAUCUAUCCAACCAAGCAUUAGAAAUUUCCCAGGAUGAGCAGGGUGUGGACCGUGGAAAACAGUCAAGCAAGAAGAAAACCAAAUCGAAGCCUGGAGUUGAGCUGUCAAGAGAUGAAGAGCAAAACGGAACAAGCGAGCAGGUUCCUACAAGACAACGUCGUCGAAAAUCCAGAAAUCAGGCCAGUUUUACUGCUAGAGAUGAUGAGCAACCUCAGACACCUAAACCAAAGAAAAGGAAGAAGCUUCGUGAUAGUAUGAAAAGGCAGGAUGAGAGUCAGAGUCAAGAAGCGAUUGGCGAAAACGGACAUAAUGAAAGCGCUGAAGAUAUCAGUGAGAUUAUGCAGAGUCUCAAAAAGGGUCCGAAACUGAGGAAGAAUAAAAGAAAAGAUCUAGGAGAGAUUCUCGGAGAAGAGACCGCCGAUCGCAGAAAUCGAGAUUCUGUCAAUCAUGUUGAUGAAACCCAACAAGGCAACCAGUCUGCAUCACAAUUUUCCGACCAAGAAGAACCUCCUGAAAUCGACAAAAUUGGCAAUUCUCGUUCCAAAAGUGCUCAAUCAAUGAUCGAUAAUGAUGAGUCCGACAUCCAUGAGCAUCAUCGCCAAAUUGAGGCUAAUCAUAGUGAAGAUGAAAAUUUUGACAAUACUCUCGACCCAGAAGACGCAGACGAAGCCGUCAACGAACCGUCAAAUGACGACCGAGGAUUCAGAAUUGAAGACCCUGAAGUACCAGAAGAAUUUGGUGACAAUAAUCCUCAAACGGUUGCAAAUACAACUCUUCAACAGAGCGAGGACGAAGCUGCCAACGAUACUGCGCAGGAUGGCGAUCUCCCUGAAGUUGGAAUUGAAGAUAUCGACCAGGCGCCGGCUCAGCCGAGUGACGAGGAGGAUCUCGAAGGUGAUCAAGGAGUCGGUGUGGCUUAUGACGAAAAUGAAUUGGACCCGGAUGACGGAGUGGUUUAUGGAAGUUCAAAAGCUUCUCCUUAUCCAUCAUCCGAUGAGGAAGAAAAUCGGACACCGAGUCGGGCUGGAAGUAUUGACUUGGACACAAUGACGCCCGUUGUACGGACUCGUACAACUUCAUUGAAUGCCCGCUCUAGUUCAGUGCCCAGCUCGCCAUCUUCGCAUUCAGGAGGCGAUCCAGAUCUGGGGUCUGUCAAUGAUGAGUCCGCUGAAGAGACGCAAGCCGUUGACGAGCAAAGCCGGACUUUGGAUCACUCGCUUGGUCAGUUCGGAGAAGAGGAAGAAAUUGAUGACGAUUACGACAUAGAACCUGAGCACCAGCCAGGAGAGUAUGAAGGUCUCGGUCAACCAUCAAAUAAUGGCUACGAGCAUGUUCAUAACGUAGGGUAUGAGAACGGAGAGAUCGAUGAAUCCAGCGAGGAGAUGGAGGCCGUUGCUCACACUCGUGACACGAGCCCAGACCUUGACACUCCUAUCCGCCAUGACGGUCGUCGAAAUUUCCGUACUCGCGCAAAGGUCAUCAACUACGAUGAUACAGCCCAUUUACAUGCCGACGUUGACGAAUCUGAUGCAUCGCAAGAUCUACUACCAAAAUCCAGGCGUUCCAAGACUACUUUCAAAGGUAAACCAGAUGUCGAAAACCAUGUUGAGACAACAGCAAGCAGCGUCGAGAGAAGCGGCAGUGUGUCUUCUUCGGACUGCAGUAUUCCGGCGGAAGCAACACCGAAACACAUUAGGGCUGAACGUUACAAUGAUGAGUUUGUAGAGGAUGAGCCUGAAAAAACCGGUUGGGAAGCAAGUGAUCUGCCGGAACCGAGUCGAAAGAAGAAGAAGGCUAGAGCAAGUGAGUAUGGAAGUAGCCAAGUGUUGUAG